GUAGCGGCGUGUGUUCAGUGAACGGCUCGGCGAGCUUGUUGAAUUCUCGCGUCCCGCGUUUCAGUUACGAGUUCACGUGUUAAAUAUGAGAUCCGUCAAACAUUUGACUGUACCACAAACAAUAAAAUAAAACUUGUGCACGAUGAUCUUAGUACCAUAGACGCUAGAUUUAAGUGAUGUAAGAGUGAAUUGAGAUGGAAUUUUUAGUGUUUACUCCAAGAGACACAAAAGUUAACACGAUGUAAAUUUUAUGUUAUCAAUGCUUACCUCUUCAGUGUUGUGACUUUUAAUAUAAUUAAUUAGAUAUACUAUUGUAAGGGAUGCAGCAUGUAGGCUACGUAUACAACAGAAAGGAUAGCCUUUCUAUGUAGAAGACUAUUUAGAAAGAUCAACAAUGGUUGUGAUAAUAUACAAACAAAUAUGCGGUUUGCGUUUAAUUCUGUCCCAACUCAGCUCACAUAAAAACUUAUCAAUAAAAUCUGGUUGUAAAUUUCUCAUACGUUGUGAUUAAAUAAUAGGAUGCACUUAUUUAUCUAUUGUCAAUGGAUAAUUGUGUUAAUCUAAAUAUUAAGUAUCUGUUCCAUGUUCACGUUUUCCAUUAUACUCGUUGACAUAAAUGUUGUCUCCGUUACGUUUGGAACUAACUUUGCCUCUAUAAUUUCCCUUGAGGUUGUGAAUACUACAAUAAAAGAACUGAAAGCAAAAACUUCGAGUUUCUAUUAUCAUUGAGAUGUGGAUUCGCCACAUAAUGGUGGUUGUUUACAUAUAAAGUGAUAGUGAAUAUAUCUGGACACAUUCGAAUGGUGGUUAGUGUUUCAAUGCGAAGAAGACUAGUUUCUGAUUGGCAAGAAUGAGCUGGUAACCAGAUUGGUGUAGAGGGAAAACGCCCAUGUUGUGAUGGCUGCAGUUAAUUCGGUGCAGUCGACGCGGCUACCGCUGCCAACAUUCUCACCGCGCGCGGUGCUGAUGUACAGCGCAGCGGUGGGCGGCGAGGGCGCUGUUGCUCUACAGCUGCGUGAGGCAGCACCUGGAGAACUGGAAGCGGCUCGAUUGCACGAUGACCGGCUUGCUAUCACCUGCACUGAGCCUGAACUACUCGCUGACUUGCUUCAUGCCGCUGCUGAGAUGGAUGGUGAACAUGACGGGCUGACAGCACUGCUCGGGGCUGCCUCUCCGGAUCUCGCGCUAGCGUCUGAUGCUUCUGACAGCCUUUCAAUGCCUGAUCCUGAUAUUGAUUGCACAACAUCAUCAUCGUCUAAUGGCUUAUUAAGCGGCAUCACUCGAGUCUCGGUAGCUGUGACCGGUCUAGACACACGACCUGUGCUAUCCGCCAAGAAAGUGAGGCCCAAACCUGCCUCUCCAAACCGACAGGGCCCGCAACAAUGUCAAGUGUGCAACAAGAUCUUCGGCAACGCGUCGGCACUGGCAAAACACAAGCUAACACACAGCGAUGAACGCAAAUAUGUAUGCAUCACAUGCGCCAAAGCGUUCAAGAGGCAGGACCAUCUAAACGGACACAUGCUUACCCACCGCAAUAAGAAACCAUACGAGUGCAAAGCAGAUGGUUGUGGCAAGUCGUACUGCGAUGCGCGGUCACUGAGGCGGCAUACUGAAAAUCAUCACCAACCCUCAGCAGACACUGGUACAAACAACACUACAAAUGGAGGUCCAAGCAGUAACGAACGCGACUCAAACUCACAACGCAUCGCCUCGCCAAUAUCUCCCGCACGCAGCAACCCAUCACAUUCUGAAUCUAGCAACUCCGGCUCAGAGAAAUCUAAUGGUACAAGCACUAGCGCCAGUGGUAGUGGGAGCGGUGGAAGCGACAGCAGCCCUCCAUGCACACCACCUGCACCAGCCACUCCACCAUCACGGCCUAAAUCAAGCAAAGCUAGCAAAUCAAAGUCAAGCGCUUCGGCGCAGCAGGGAAACCAAAAAUGCGGGAGUGGUAGCAGAGCUAGCGGCGCGUCAAGCACAACUACGAGCGAAUCUACUUCUACGGCCGCGCGGGCCAGUGAUAUCAAACCAGUUGAAUGUAACCUAUGUCACCGAAAAUUUAAAAAUAUACCUGCUCUCAAUGGGCAUAUGCGCCUGCACGGCGGAUACUUUAAAAAGGAUUCUGACAACAAAAAAUUGGACAAAAAGGAAUCAACUGGCCCACCUUUACAAACAGCUUCGGUAUCCGUACGUGCCCUCAUUGAAGAAAAAAUCAUUAGUCGCCGAGGAGCCACAGUAACCUCAACACCUACAAGUGGUUCUACGGAUACAAUAGCUUCCCGUGCCGGUUUCGUAGCUCCAGCUCCACCUCCACUAUCAACAAUUCGCUCCUCCACGGCAUCACCAGCAUCCCCUGCAACAACCACUCAAUUUGUAUCACCACGCGCACCGCCCGUUGUCACUGUUGCAACUAAUGUCACUGCCAAUAUGACUAUAGCUCAAAGAGACUCUACACUAAUAGAAUUAUUAAAGAAAGGAAAUACAAAGGUUGUCAAACGUUCAGCGUCAGAUCCCGGCCAAUCAUCGCCACAACAAGAAUUCACUUUCCGCCCAGAGCUAUUUGGCGUAUCGUUCAACUCUGAUGAUGGCUAUUUCUCACCAGCUCUCAACGAUGAUACUUUUCAGUUUACCGCUACACCUGAGCAACUAGAAGAGCUUGCAUCAUUGGAAGAUUAUGCAACAGUAGCUGCCUCAAUACGUGAACGCUCCCCAAUCACAUUUCCAUCCAGUCGAAGACUCGCUGCAGUAUUAAAUUCGCCUCUACCCGAAUCAUUAGCAGAUUUUGGUGCUUGUCACGGUGGAUCCCCAGUACCAUCUCCGGGCAUUGCUUACUCAGCCACUUCUCCAGGAUUAUCAUAUACAACAGGCGAUUCACCUGGCUUGGCAUACGCAGCUGCAUCGCCGGUCGGGAGUUACUCUACACAACCGGAAUCUUCACCCGGGUUAGCAUACCCAACGCCUCCUGCGUCUCAUGAUGCUCAGUCACCUGCGCAUACAGUACCACGGGCAUCAUCGCCCUUAUCAGCUGCCUUCUUCACCGCUACAAUGUCUAGCCAAGAAGAGGUCGAGGAAGCUUUAGAAGAGGUAUUACCUGAGGAAUGUCGAUCACUAGACGCUUAUGCCUUAGAGCCUUCGCCAACCCCACGACGUAUCAUGCUCAACUCGGAAGAUCCUCUUUUAUCAAGCAAUCCACGCGACUUCUCACAUCAGAGGCCUCCACGUCGCCAUAAUCGAAUAACAACUUCUACAAUAUCCUCUGCCAUGCAUCAGUGGCAACACGAUACGUCAUCACUUCAAGUGUGUGUUGAAGGUCGUGAAACAGUGCCUGCAGUUUUUCUGAGUCCAAGCAGUGUUCCUGCGUCUCCACAACGUCGUAAAAGAAGAGCAUCACCAGCAGGGCCAUAUCGUUCGCGUAUGCGUCGAACUGUCAACCAUUUUACACCUCAACCUAUUUUGCCACCGGAACGUGACGGUUCUGGUUUGUUGUCAGAACUGAUUACUGGUAUACCAAACUCUGAAUCUGAAGUAUUGUCACAUUUGAAUGAGCAACGACAUCCACAAAUAAACAUUGGGCGGGACCAUCAAGCAGAAAUACCUGAACUGUAUAACGAUCGUGUCGACCUCCAUCGAGGUCCGGAACAACUACUCUGGGACCCGGGCAUUAAUGAUUGCUUAGAUGACAAUGAGGUGCGCAUGUUUAUGGAGUUAGCAAUGUGUGCCGCUAUGCCCGUGGGGGGGCAUACUCGGGAAUUCGCUCUGCAAACAUUGGGUGAAUGCGGAGGCGAUAUUAGGGCAGCAACGCUUCGCCUGAUGUCGCGUCCUGCAGCACCUACUCAACACGAAUCCCGAUGGGCACCCGAUGAAGUCGAAGCCUUCUUAGCUGGUCUAAGUCACUAUGAUAAAGACUUUUACAGGAUUGCGCAACUGGUACGGACAAAAGAUUCUAAACAAUGCAUACAGUUUUAUUACUUCUGGAAGAAGGUGACCAAAGACUACAAAACAGUGUAUUUGCGUAGCUGGAACACGGAAGCACAGGCCGCCUCAACACAAGGUACAGUAGGCCAAGUUUCGACGCACAGCACAGCUCCAUGUACAUCAUCGCCGACAUCGUACGAAGGCGAGGAGUUCCCUUGCAAAAUCUGCGGGAAAGUAUUUAACAAAGUAAAAAGUCGUAGUGCGCACAUGAAGUCGCAUCGGCCAAUAGACGCUGAGCCCAAACGGCCAAAACUCGAAAAGCCUUAUGAAAAGGUCGAGAGAUCUGAUGAGAGGCCCUACGCGACAGCUGAUUACCAAAGCAAACUACCCGCACAGUAACCGACUCCUCGCUCACUCAUUCCACCCGCGCACCUCUGUGACCCUCUCACCACUCGACUAAUCGACGUAAACAAUAAUCACGAAUCUAUUCGCGUGUUCAGUCAGUGUUCAGCUUUAUAAGCGUUAGCGGAAGACUACGCGGUCGUCCCCGUCUACACUUGUGCCCCGCCCUCUCCCAAACAUUUGCUUGGAAUUGGACAAAAUGCUGAAUCGUUUAAGCAUUUACUAUGAUUACAAAAUAGAUUUAUAGAUUAAAAUUAAAGUGAUCUAGAAGAGAGCGAUGUAGUGACUAGUAGCUAGAAAAGUUAGCUUUGGGUAUACUGACGGAUAUUAGACAAAAAGUACUAAUUGUUUCGAAAUUCUCGUAAUGCUAAGCUUGAAGAGAGCGCAUAAAGAUAUUUUGUAUACCUAACGAUUGAUAGAUAGAUAGGUAGUUCUUCGUAAAGUUUUUAUAUGACAGACUUCUUAAUGUGACUUGCAAGUGUGAUGUUGUAAAUAAAAAUAAAAAAACAGUAGUUCGUUGUUAACGCUACGGUUCAGAUGGGCGUGCUCUACUCCAUAUAAUAUUAAUCUAUAAUAAGUAUUACAACUAUAUAGUUAUCUACGUGUGAUACAUAUAACGUGUAGUAACUACACUACCUCGUUUCUAAUUUAUUGUGAGCUCAGCUCGCUAUAUACAUUUGCUUGUUUGCUCAUUAAAGUGUUCUUAUUUUGUAGUUUUCUUUUUUUCUAUUAUUUCACACUUUUAGAUAAAAUUUUAAUGCGCACUUCAAAUUCUAGCGUGGAAUCUGUUGUAAGUAGAUAAUGAUAUUAUGUAAGCGGAAAUCUAUCUAUUUUCCGUACCCACUAGUCACAUAUCGAUGUUAUUUGUAUUGCACAGAAAUUAGAUAAAUUUAUUUGAAACUUCUGUGAGUUUGAAGGUUUCACUUAGGCCUUAUAAUAAUAAAAAUACUCAUAUACUGUUGUUUUAUGUGAAUAGAUCAUCUAAACACAAUGCAAACUGAGCAAUUCACGUUAAACAAGUAGUUAUUAGUCAGAAAUAUUGUCCAAUUUAAUUUAUGCAAAUGACCCAUA